GAGUGGAAGGAGGAUACGCGAGCAGGCUAGCUCGGAAGCGCGUACGUUAGCUACGCGCUUUGUCGAGAACGCCUCUGUUACAUUACAAUUAAAUACCAGUCGCGCCAGUUAUAAUUGCAUUAAUUGCUCCGUGGACAAGAAACCACGACACUUCAGCAAACCCCCGGGCGUCUUCUUCGACAAAUUGCGGGCAUUUAGGGGUACACAUCAGAGCACUUGACGAUAGCCGUUUAGCUACCAGAAGCUAAUACCGCCAUCUUGCUAGAAAAUCAGUUGAACAGGAGUGGCGCGGGCCAUGUUUGCGAACUGAGAAAAGGUGACGCCGGGGGCGCAAUCCGCUCAACAACAAGGUUUAUAACGGCGUAUGGACGAUUCCUUGGUAUUUUGUGAUCCAAAUGUGUCACUAAAACGAACAAAUUAGCGUACAAACCCAAACGCGCGAUGAGACUCUUCGCUGCGGCUCCCUCUUCCUUCGCUACGGAAAAGAAAGCAAGCAACAGAACGCGCGAGCCGAUUGGCGGAGCGCGAGUCAAAAGGCGCCCUUAAGCGAACGUCUGAUUGGCUCUUCUUGCGAUCAAUCAUGAUUAUGGGCGUUUCAACACCCUCGUCUACCGGAAGUCGUUUGAUUUGCAAAAUUAGUUUUUUUGUCUAGUCUGGACUCUCGAGUGUGGUAGGUCAGUGACAAUAGAAGACAGAGGAUGGCUCCUCAGGCUGUGGUCCCGGUGACCCAAGCCUGGCUGCAGUGCACCUGGCAUGUCCGGGUGCCUUUCGCUUGGCUGGAGGCCUGUGUGGAGUGGCUUCAGGAAGAGGCAGGAGGUGCAGACAGACUGUCGCAGCAGCAAAUUAACCAACAGGCGCUUGACCAGUGGCUCUUGACUGACUUGAAGAACUUGGACUACCCGGUUCUCCCUGAAGGACUUGCUCAAGCCCACAAGACUCAGCUCAGCGGUACAUUCUGUGUACAGGUUGACUCAUUACUGGACAUCAGUCAGCCCGCGUACGGUCAGCUGCAGCAAUGGAGAGGCACCGACUGCGCCAAUGACAACGUUUCGGCUGUCACACAGAGCAAUCAGAGGUCGUGGGAGGCCAGACCCACACGUAUGCUCCUGCUGCAGGUGACUGAUGGCGUCCAGAGCCUGGAGGCAAUGGAGUAUCAGCCGAUACCUGCGCUGAGCACUGCUCUUAGACCUGGCGUGAAGCUUCAGCUGCAAGGGCAGAUGAUCUGCAAACUCGGGAUGCUUCUUUUGGGACCAGGCAAUGUGAAGGUCCUGGGCGGGGAAGUGGAAGACUUGGCCGAGAACAACAACCAGGGAAGGAUUCUAUGUCGUGUCCUGGGACUUCCCGAAGAGCAGCAGCAGCAGGAGGAGGAAGUCAGGGGAGAAGCUCCACCAUCACACCAAGAUGAUCCCACAAACCAGGGAGGGCAGGACAUAGAGCUAGAUGAUCUAGAACUACUGGCUGGUCUGGAGGGCCAGGAGGAACUGCAGCAGCAGGAGGAGGUGGAGGUGGUGGAGAGGCUUCCGGUUAGACCCGUUCAAGACAGCGGCUACAGGACGCUCAGCCAGUUUUCCACUCAGUUCUCCAGAACCUUCAAUGUCAGGAGCCUGAGUGCCUCAUCCAGCAGAAGUGAAGCCUCUAUGCCCUCCAACGUGAGCGGAUUCAAUUCAUUCCCAAACGGUCGCUGCAAUAACGAGCCAGAGGAGUCCGAUGUCGUCGAACCUUCGCCUUCCCGGCAAGGCCCGGCGUGGCAUGGUGACGACAAUGACGACUUUCCGGAUGAGGAUUUUGUGUACCUCAUGUUGGACAAUAUGGAGGAAGGCCCUCAAUACUCCUUUCGCUCAGCUCCUCCGCAUGAACCUUCCGUGGACCAGGACGGAGGUGACGUCAUGGAGGACAUGGACUUUUCAGCCGCGGGCAUUGAAUCCUAUGGGGGGAGAGCACAAGAUGCAGAGUCCGGCCAGUUACAUGGGAAUGAAAUAGUUAGGAAAGAAAGUGUACUUCAUAUGGAGAGUCACGUCUCAAUUACUGCAGGAGCAAAAACGGACCCAGAGGGUGACAUCACCCUAACCUCACCCCCGUUUACGUACUUGUGCCUGUUGGACGAGAUCUCCACACCCACUAGCAUAACAAUCAAAGCCUUCAUCGUCACACUCUUGGGAAAACUAAAUGCUAGCGACGGCCUGUGGCGAAUCCGCGCCACACUGUCGGACGGGAGCGGCUACCUGGACGCCGAGCUGUCCGACCGGGUCCUGACGGGCCUGCUGGGCUUCACAGUGGCCGAGAAGGGAGCGAUGAGGCGUGACCCGGCCCGCAGGUCCCAGCUGGAUGCCGGCAUGAGGCGUUGUCAGGAGGAACUCGUGGACAUGUGCUGCCUCAUAACUGUGGAGGUGGGCAUCGGGGGCGGGGGAGCGGUGGUGACCCAGGCCGAGCCUGUCACCGAGGGGGUCUGCCGCGAGCUGGAGCAGAGAGUGAGAGACAGGAAAUGAGAAUGGGAGCAGGGUGGUAAUGAGAACAUAGACAUUUAACAUGAGCACAGUUCUUUUAAUGAGACCUAGGUGCUUUUUUUUUUCCUUUUGGGGAAAUGACUACGAUCAAGCUGCCCUUCUGCUUCCGAUCUGGAGGAGACAACGUGUGAAUCCAUGUCGCAAUGCAUCCCAUCUGCUGCACGCGAAUAUAACAUGCUGUCAUUAGAGAGGGAUUUCAUUCAUUUAUUCACACAACUAUUUCCUUGCAUGCAAUGUCCUUCAUUAUGCUGUGCGCAUUAAAACGUCAAAUGUCUACUAAAUGCUGAAUUGUAGGGCGUAUUUUUAACUGUAACGAGAAGAGUGCGGCAGAGGACCUGAGUUUAUAUUCAAAUUGCUGUAAUGAAUUGCCGCCUUUGCAUUCAUUCAUUACAUCCAUUACGUCUCGCUGGGGAAAUAAUUGAAUAUCCAAGGGCAACGCAGGUCUUCAAUAAAGUCGCCCCCGGGGGAGCAAAUAUGAGGAAAGGAAAAUGAGGAAGUGGUCAUGAUUUUUUAUUAUUUCUCAUCAUUACCGAGGUCCUCUGUGUUUUUGUCCUAAUGAGUUCGUAUGCGUGACACAAACUGUUGUUGACGAUUUGUUAAUUUUAACUAUACAAUUGUUUGAAAGGUGGUUGGUGUUCUGUAAAUGUAACUUUUUUUCUAAUAAACUUCC